AUGUUGUAUGAUCGCGUGAACGACAUCGGGAGCUCGCAGGGGGAGGCGAUUCGCUACAUCCUUGGUGCCGUCUCCAAGAACACCGUGCAGACAACACUGACGACGCUAGAGCAGUUCUGCUUCCGCUCCGUUGAGCUCCACCGGUACACAAUCAAGGCCACGUGCACGGCCCUGCUGGCAGCGCGGAGCGAUGAGCGGGGACUGCUGGCAUCUCGGUUGGUGAGCGAGGCACUUGGGCGGCCGAACGGGCUGACCCUGGUUGCCUGCGCCCUCGACGGCUGCUCCUCGACCCUGACGAAGGAGUCCCUCACUGCACUGAUGACGAACGACCUCAAGUUGUCUCCCAUGAAGCAGAUGCAGAUGGCUAUGGCACUCGUGCUUGGCGGAAACGCGAUGGUCAAGUCGGCAGCGACGGAUAUACUGGAGGACUUCAACGUGCCGCAGGCGGCCCUGAAGGAGGACGAUGGGGGCGUGCGUGCGGCGGCGCUUCUGUCACGGCAGGUAGGCCUUGCCCCCGAAAACCUGGACGGUCAGCUGGCAAACGUGUGCCACACGGUCGCGUUGCCGAAGCCGAAGACGGAGGUGAAGCCGCGCGUGAGCGUGGCGGGCGUCCUGCGCGAGCUAGGAACGGGGUGUGUGACGACGCUGGCGGACUCGCGCGAGCUGCUCAGCAUUUUUCCGCACUCCUUCACAGAGCGCGACGGCGCCGAGGUGCUCGCCUUCUUCGCUUCCGCGGGGUCGGCCGUCAACGACAGCAGCACGUACGCGUCCCUCAUGAUGGCGUCAGGGAAGAGCUCGCCAAAGAACAUGAGCGGCACGACGACGCUCGUGAACGCGAUGCCGCUACUCGACGCGCUUUGUGAGGGGAGCCCGAAGGGCUUCAACUGGGACCUUGUCAUCCGGAUGCUUGACCAGCCGGAUGGCGAGCCGUUCCGCGUGAAGCACAUCUCGGUCAUCUUUGACGCCUACCACCGCUUCCAGCCGGACAACGAGUUCCCGUCUGUGGCGUUGUUUCUCGGCAGGUGGACGAACACGCUGCGCCAGCGCAGCGUGCUCGAAUAUAUCUUGCGCCACCCCGACAAGGUCAAUCGCAAGCCGCUCGCGAUAGACGCCCCGUCGGAGGUGUUGCCAGCGACGAAGCCGCCCGGCGUGACGACAGCCGAGAUGGACUUAUGGCGCUCUACGGCGUUCAUGGAGGCUGCCGUGCACGUGGCGAGUCGCGAAAAGGACUUCGAUAACGACGUGUUCCGCCCCGCCGCGGAGAAGCUGCCGCUGCUUUUCUUGUACAGCCUCUUCACGGGCAACUUCCAGGGCACGGUUAAGCACUUCACGUUCAUGAAGCAUCUGCUCAAGGCUCAUUGCCCCUCCCUGGACCUCGUGUCGCAGCACAUUGUGCCCGAGAUGGAGAGGCGGGGCCGACUCAGCACCGUGAUCGGCGUGCUCUCAGACCUGACGGAGACCGCUCCAGAGCGUCUUGUGGAUGUGCUGCAGGUGGUGUUCAAGUGCAAGUCUGCCGCGAAGCGCGUACUCGACGAGAGCGGGAGCCCUCGCCUCGUCACGGCUGUCGCCAUGUGCAUGGAGGAGGCAGGUGAGUCGAGUGACAAGUGGCUCCAGCGCGCGCUGGAGGGCAAGCUGCACUUCCGCGCCAGCUCCACGGAGAACCGCUUCGCCGUGGCCAUGAACAUCAUCGAGGUGGCUGAGAUGCUCCUGGAAAAGCAGCUCUACACGGUGAGCGCGACGGCGGCUCUCAACGCCCUGCUUGCCUCCCCGCUGAAGGAGGUGCUGAGGAGCGUGACGGACUGCGCCAAGGUGCUGCUCGCCUCGACGGACUCUCUCUUCCCCGACGACGUCGAGAACGAAGCACUGGAGUUCUUCAAAAAGAUGUACGCCGCUGGCAGCACCGCGGCUGCCAUUGCCACUGUCGAGAGCCUGCUGAAGAGUACAGUGCCACGCGACAAGCAGCUCUAUGCGUGCAUCGUGGGUAUCAUGUUCGACGAGACGUCCGCCAUAAGCUGCUACCCACGCAAGGAGCUGCAGCUGUUCGCCGAGUUGUACGGCCAGAUGAUCUCGAAAGAUCUGCUGCCACCGAACCAGCAGCAGCGAGCGUGGGGUGUCCUGCUCCCAGCCGUCGCGAAGCCCGGCAACUACGCGAUGGAGGAAUACGGUAUUAUCGCGCUCGAGCAGGUGAAACCGCGACUGCCGGACUGGCCGCAGUACGGUCGCGCUCUGCGCUACGUGCGGGACUUGGAUUUCCGCGUUCCCGGCAUCGUCGCCGCCAUCAACCGCGGGAUCAAGCAGGAGGACGCCGCUGCGCGUGGCGGCGCAGCGACGUCGGCGGAGCUCGGUGAGGGAAGCCCAACCUCGCCAACGUCCCCGAGGCAGCCUGGCUCGCCGAACAAGGCGCUCGCUGCCAUCGACCCCGCCAUUGUGUCGGCGGCGUCAUCGCAGUCGAAGAAGUUCACGGACAUGGCGGCGGCGAAGCUGCACACGCUGGACAUCGGUACCCUCGUGACGAACGCGAACGUGACGGCCCCGCCGCGCGUGAUUCAGGAGCAGAUCAACUUCCUGAUUGGCAACACCGACGUGCGCAACCUAGAGAGCAACGCGACAGAGCUGUCACAGUUGCUGCGGCCGGAGUACUACGAGUACUUUGCGGACUAUCUGGUGGUGAAGCGUGCCGCGCUGGAACCCAACUACCACUCUAUGUACAUUGAGCUGAUUGCGAAGCUGCACUCAAAGGACAUGGAGCGCGCACUGCGCAAGGCCACUAUCGGUGCUGUGCACCGUCUGCUGAGCUCACAGAAGAUCGGCACCGACUCGAGCGAGCGUAUUCUACUGCGCAACCUUGGCUCCUGGCUCGGGAGCAUCACGCUGGAGAAGAACAUCCCCAUCUUGCAGCAGGACCUGCACUUCAAGUCGCUCCUUUGCCAGGGCAUUCGCGAGGGAAAGCUGGUCCCGGUUGUCUCGUUCAUUACGCGCGUUCUGACAAGCUGCGCCAAGUCGCGCUUCUUCUGCCCACCAAACCCGUGGACGAUGGCGCAGCUGGUGCUGCUGAUGGAGAUGUACACGCUGCCCCACCUGCGCGUGACACUGCGCUUCGAGCUGGAGCUGCUGCUGAAGUCGCUGGACCAGUCGAUGCAGGACUUGGCGCAGUACAUGCGGGCGCAUGCUUCCCACGCCUCCACCGAGACACGCCUGCGCGACGUGUACGAUGAGAUCAACAUCAACGAAAGCCCUGACUUCCGCGUCGGUGAGGAUGAGAGCAACGUGUCUGCGGCUGCCGUCGCAGCGCAGCCGGCGCCGGCUACCGCAUCACCGCCGAUGCAGCAGUCGCAGCGCAGCAGCGCUCGCCCACUGCAAGCCAGCGCAGAGCCGUUCCAGCCCAAGGACAAGGCGCAGGCCCCGCCGUCCGAGGUGAGCCGUGUUAUGCAGAUGCUGAACAAGCCAAUCCGCCCUCCGAUUGGUAUCUCACUGAACUGGGUGUUUUCCACGCUUAGCGAUCCCGCCUUCGGCAACAACGCCCAGCGUCUCACUGAUCAUCGGCUCGAGAUUGUUGCACAGCUGCAGGCCGUGGUCGACGAGGCCGUGAGCUACUGCAUGCAGCGCAGUGUUGCUAUCGCCGCCCGCACGACGGAGAGGCUGGUGCUGAAGGACUAUGCGCGCGACCCGUUCCCCGAUGACAUGCUCGUCGCUGGCGAUGCCAUGGCCCGCUCACUGGCAUCUAGCUUGAGCUACGUGAUGGUGCGCGAUGAGCUGCCGCUGCUCCUGCACCGCUCGAUGACGAACCUGCUGGAGCGCAUUCUGGCCCCCUACACACCGCUGGAGCACAAGGCAACAAUCCGCGACACCCUGGUGGCACGUAACCUGGAGCUGUGCAUGCGUGCAGUGGAGUACAGCGUCGGUGAGGAGGCGGCGACGGCUACGAGCCGAUUCCUAUUCGACGUCGCGCGCGAGAAGGCCAGCGCCUUUGCGGAGCAGGAACCUCUGCCACUGCCGCCAGACCAGAUCGAGGCCGCCGAGCUGCUGCGCGUCAUGGGUGAGGCGCUCGUGCCGUCUGGCCGGAUGCCGGCCCCGCAGCGGGAUGUCUACGAUGACUUCUACAGCUGCGUACCGCCUGUGGCCGUGUUCAACAUGGUGCUGCGCAGCGUCGAGGAGGCGGUGUCGCGGUACCAUUCGAACGAGAACGCCCCGCCGCUGGACUUUUCGCAGCUUGACGCCGCCAGCCAGAAGCCGAGCGGGCUGACUGAUGACGCGCAGGCCCCCAUCCGCCUGCACCUGGGCCGUCUCAUGAGCCUCAUCACGGAGGAGUCGAGCCCCUACUUCCUCAGCCCUAUGCUGAACAAGCUCAUGUCCCUCGCCGUAUCGACGGAGCGGCUGACCAAGCUGGUCAACAGCAGCGCCAAGAACGCGCAGGCCGGUGCUGCUACCGCCGCCGCUGCCGCCGCUGUCACCAACCCCGACGGCACCCCGAACGCGGCAGAGGACCCGGCAUGGCAGCAGGAGGCGCUGCGCAUCUCCGCAGCGCUGCAUCAGCUGUACCUGCGCAUUGUGCUGCGGUGCCGCGAGUGUGGCGAGGAGACGAACCGCGACGAGCUCACGCGGCUGUUCCUGCGCCACAGCCACUGCUACUCCUUCUCGAAACUGACGACAGACCUCAUCCGCAUCAAGGUCCUGAAGUGCAGCGAGUUCGAUGAGGCCUUGGCGAAGGCGCUGACCAACGGCACGUCCAACUACGUCACCUUUGCGGGUGACAUCAUUACCGACGUCAUCAUCAAGGAGAAGCUCGUGGCGUCGAAGGACAUGCGCCGCACGCUCAUGGCCCUCGACACGAUUGCGCGGACGCGAGCGCCGCGCGCCGCGCCGGCGGCGCCGGCACAGACGCUUCCGUCGUACGUCACGGAGCCGCCUUUGAGCAAGAUCGUGCCGAGCCAGAUUACAAAGCUCCUCGUCCCGUGCGACUGCGUCCGCCCUGGCGAGGACGAGGCCUUCCAGAAGGAGGU